AGUGUGCGAGAUCAGUGAACCGACAGUUCAACUCAGGAGGUGAUGCCGGGACCAAACAAAACAGUGCAUUAUAAAGUACAUUAGAAAGUUACAAUUGGAGCAGAAAUGGGAAAGGGCAGGCUAUUUAAAGGCAUUUAAUCGCCAGGUUACGGGAUAAUUUGAGGAUUGAUGGAGUGACGUCAGUACGUACCUUGAUAGCAGAGUAAUCGCCUUGUGGACGGUCUAAUCUCUGAGGGGAAUGGGCACGUUUCUACUCAGAUGUGGCUGUCCGCUUUAAUCACGGUGCUAACAUAGCAGCGAACAGCUCUCGGAAUGAGUACAGCGAGAACUAACAUAAAAACUCUUCAAUAACAGCUCUGCAAGGCUCCUGAACUCCAGUGUGGAUUUCCCUGCAUCUAAGAGUGGAUGUUCAGAACAUUGGACGCUCCUUCCCACAACCGCCUCAUCCAUCCUGAAGGUUAAAAAAAAAUCAACUGGAUUUAACAAGUCCACGAACAGCGGAGAAGGAAACACAAACUAAAACGAUUCACCUUCCAAAGCUGACAUAAAUUAACCUCCGACGGUCUAACUAAGGCUUCGUAUCACCCUCUUAGACUCCACCGUCGACUUCUGCCUUCCAUUUUAUUUAAGUAUACAUAAUAUAUGAUAUUUAUGUCCUUUACCGAAACUAUAUGGAGUAGAUUUUCUUCCACAAUCAACUCAAACAGUAUUUAAUCGAUCAACAUUUGAAAAUGAAUGUAAUUGCACUGUUACUCACCGGAUUGUCUCUAUCUGGGAAACUUCACUGGAUUAGUGGACUCGAAUACGACUACUCUUAUGAUUAUUAUGAUGAAGAAAAGGCGGAGGUCAUUGAUUACAAAGACCCAUGCAAAGCUGCUGCAUUUUGGGGAGACAUUGCCUUAGAUGAAGAAGACUUACAACUGUUUCAGAUUGACCGAACAAUCGAUUUAUCAAAACACCUGUUAGACAGAAUUGGACAUACAACAGGUGGAUCUGGAGAACACAAAAUUUCCAAAAGGAAAGGAACGAUUUACCAACUUAUAGACCGGAUCCUAAGGUUGGGAUUAGGCAGUGAUCAAAAUGCCACCAACAGAGAAAAGAACAACUCAGAAGCUUUAAAGAGAAUUGAGAAGAAUAGAGUUCCCAGAGCUGCAACAUCACGAGCUGAGAGAAUAUGGCCUGGGGGUGUCAUUCCGUAUGUCAUUGGAGGCAAUUUUACUGGCAGCCAGCGGGCAAUGUUCAAACAGGCCAUGCGGCAUUGGGAGAAACACACAUGUGUUACUUUCAUUGAGCGAGUAGAUGAAGAGAGUUACAUUGUCUUCACAUACAGGCCUUGCGGGUGCUGCUCUUAUGUAGGUAGACGUGGUAACGGUCCUCAGGCUAUAUCCAUUGGCAAAAACUGUGAUAAGUUUGGGAUCGUAGUUCAUGAACUGGGCCAUGUGAUUGGAUUUUGGCAUGAACACACAAGACCAGACCGAGAUGAUCACGUGACCAUCAUUAGAGAAAACAUCCAGCCUGGCCAAGAAUACAAUUUCCUCAAGAUGGAACCUGGUGAAGUAAACUCCCUUGGGGAAGCAUAUGACUUCAACAGUAUUAUGCACUAUGCUAGGAACACCUUCUCAAGAGGAAUGUUUCUGGAUACUAUUCUCCCUGGACGUGAUGAGAAUGGCGUAAGACCUGCCAUUGGACAGCGUGCACGCUUAAGUAAAGGAGACAUUGCACAGGCAAGGAAGCUGUAUAGAUGUCCAGCCUGUGGUGAAACUCUUCAAGAGUCAACUGGUAAUUUCUCAUCCCCAGGAUUUCCUAAUGGAUACCCUUCAUACACACAUUGCGUUUGGAGAAUCUCAGUUACACCUGGUGAAAAGAUUGUCUUGAAUUUUACAACCAUGGAUCUCUUCAAGAGUCGCCUGUGCUGGUAUGACUACAUAGAAGUACGAGAUGGCUAUUGGAGAAAGGCACCACUUCUUGGCAGGUAUUGCGGUGAUAAACUACCUGAAGUUCUGACUUCCAGUGACAGCAGAAUGUGGAUAGAAUUCCGUAGCAGCAGUAACUGGGUAGGAAAAGGUUUUGCAGCUGUGUAUGAAGCAAUUUGUGGUGGUGAGAUCAGUAAAGAAUCUGGACAGAUCCAGUCUCCAAACUACCCAGAUGACUACAGACCAAUGAAGGAGUGUGUGUGGAAAAUAACAAUGUCUGAGCACUAUUACGUAGGACUAGUUUUCCAGGCCUUUGAGGUUGAGAGACAUGAUAGUUGUGCCUAUGAUUAUUUAGAAGUCCGAAAUGGUAAUAAUGAAAACAGUCCCUUAAUUGGGCGAUUCUGUGGCUACGAUAAACCAGAAGACAUCAAAUCAACUUCCAAUACCCUGUGGAUGAAAUUUGUUUCUGAUGGAACAGUUAAUAAAGCGGGAUUUGCGGCAAACUUUUUUAAAGAGGAGGAUGAAUGUUCCAGACAUGACAAUGGAGGCUGUGAACAGCAAUGUGUGAACACCUUGGGCAGUUAUAAGUGUACCUGUGAUCCAGGCUAUGAACUUGCAGCAGACAAGAAAAGUUGUGAAGCUGCGUGUGGAGGGCUGUUGUCAAAACUAAAUGGAACAAUCACCACACCAGGCUGGCCUAAAGAAUACCCUCCGAAUAAAAACUGUGUUUGGCAAGUUGUGGCUCCUACCCAAUACAGAAUCUCUAUGCAGUUUGAAUUUUUUGAAUUAGAAGGCAAUGAUAUAUGCAAAUAUGAUUUUGUUGAGAUUCGCAGUGGCCUUUCAUCUGAUUCCAAGCUUCACGGGAAGUUUUGUGGUACUGAAGUGCCUGAAGUUAUAACAUCUCAAUACAACAAUAUGAGAGUUGAAUUCAAAUCUGACAACACUGUUUCAAAGAAAGGAUUCAAGGCCCAUUUCUUUUCAGAUAAGGAUGAGUGUUCCAAAGACAAUGGUGGCUGUCAGCAUGAGUGUGUCAAUACAGUCGGCAGUUAUGUGUGUCAGUGUCGAAAUGGAUUUGUACUACAUGAAAACAAACAUGACUGCAAAGAAGCUGAAUGUGAACACAAGAUCUACAGUGCCACUGGUACCAUCACCAGUCCCAACUGGCCAGAUAAAUAUCCUAGUCGCAAAGAAUGCACGUGGGAGAUCUCAGCAACUCCAGGCCACAGAGUAAUGAUAGUUUUCAGGGAAUUUGAGAUCGAGCAACACCAGGAAUGUGCUUAUGAUCAUCUAGAAUUGUUUGAUGGAGAAACUGAUAAAUUUGCCAUCCUGGGUCGACUCUGUGGUGGCAUCAUUCCAGAUCCUGUCGUUUCUACUGGAAACAAAAUGUUUCUUAGAUUUGUUUCAGAUGCGUCUGUACAGAGGAAAGGUUUCCAGGCUGCCCAUUCCACUGAAUGUGGUGGGAGGCUGAAGGCUGAGAUAAAAUCCAAGGAUCUGUAUUCCCAUGCUCAGUUCGGAGACAAUAACUACCCAGGACAAGUGGACUGUGAGUGGCAGAUUGUAGCAGAGAAAGGUUAUGGAGUUGAAUUAUCAUUCCAAACGUUUGAAGUGGAAGUGGAAGCUGACUGUGGUUAUGACUUUAUUGAGCUAUUUGAUGGAUUCGAUACCACGGCUUCAAGGCUUGGACAAUUCUGUGGAUCAGGGCCACCUGAAGAAAUCUAUUCAACAGGAAAUGCAAUUUUACUUCAUUUCCAUUCUGAUGACACAAUUAACAAAAAGGGAUUCCAUAUACGAUAUACAAGCACUAAAUUCCAGGAUGCUCUUCAGACCAAAAAGUAACCUGACCCUCAAUACCCUCCUUUUCCCUUUUUGUUUGACAAAAGCAAGAACGACCUGAACUAUUUUAUAAUGAGACCAUAGUGAGGAACUGAAGAAAGUAAGUUGUUGAGUUGCCUGUGUGAUGGUGAAGUAUCUUGGCAGACGAUUCGAUGAAAACGCGAAAUGCAGACUAAUAGUUAGUCUGGGAGUUCAGCUGCAGUGACGAUACUAUAUUCCAGCAGCAUCACUAUGAAGGUUUGUGAGCUGUGUCGGCUUUGGUCACUAAAGGGUGCAGAGCUUCAUUCAUUGAAAAUAGCCCUCUGCAGACUGCUCUUCAUCUCAGCAACCUAAAAUAUCCAUAGGAAUGAACCUACAUGAGACCACAACCAGCUUCUCUGUAUCAUUCACAGAUUUUUUUUGCCGGACUUGCAAAGGAGGAAUGAUGUAUUCUAGUGUACUGUUUAAUUUUCAACAUGUCAUUUAACAAUAUAAAGGCAAACCAUUCACCACUUAAUUUAUGGGGUUCUACCAGUCUUCUUAUUUCCCACUUUAAAAAAAAGCUAUCAUUUGUGAUCACGUCUCUCUGUUACAUGACUUAAUACUGACAAGCACUGUAGCAACUGUGAAUUCCCUCAGUACCAAAAACAGGUUUAAAACUUUGAAAAUCCUGAUAGCAUUUUCUAUAUUUUGCUAUUUGCGUG